GUUGCCGCAAGAAGCUUUGGGAAAGGCCUAAAAAAUGAUCGUGGGCAGAUAGGCUAGUCCGACUAACCCUUUUGCGCAGCGGGGCCGCUUCCGCCCCCAACGGAUGUGCAGCGGAUAAGAAUCCGUCUAUAAGGUAUCUCCGCUUCUUCUCCGCUUCUUUUCCGCCGGCCGGCUGCACUCUUUGGGUUUGGCGCCCGGGAUAUCGACUCCAAGCAGUGCGGGGUGCUGCGGAUAUCCUGUCUACCCCGCCUUUUAGGUCCCGCAUCCUCCGAGUUCCACCGCUUGCUAUGAUCUCCCGCGUCUAUAUAUGACUGACUCGACCCUGUGACGUUGAGAGUUGUAUCGAUCAAUUUUUUCUCCGGUUGUUCGCUUUGAUUUCAACAUGUUGUCUGCUCUUCCAGCUCAGCCUCCCCAUAUCCCUGCCCAUGAUCAUUCCGCGCCCAUAGUAGCGCCAAUCAGUGCGACAAUUCCAGAACCUUGUAUGUCGGAGCCACGGACGGUAGAUGAGUUGAUGCGAAGCCGGGCGUCUACGGAUCCAGACCUUCCUUUAGUAGCCUACCCUUCGACAGGAAUCCAAUAUGUUGACUACACGGCACGCCAAUUGGACACGUUCGCAUAUAGGGCUGCAGAAAAGUAUGCGACUUUGAUACCUUCGAGGACGAGCUCUUCACAGAAACCCACCGUGGUCGCGCUGGUGGGGCGGUCGAAUCUUGACUACCUGAUUACUCUGCUGGCGCUCAGCAAGCUGGGGCACACGGUCAUGUUCCUAUCUACCCGCAACUCGAAAGAAGCACAAAUAUCGCUUCUCGAAAAGACUGCAUGUCAUCACAUGGUUGUUGAUUCAGCUUUCGCCGGAGUCGCGGGAGCGCUACAGGAAGAUAAACCCGAUCUGCACGUCCUCCCGAUCACCACGCGAGAGUCGUAUGAGUACCCACUUGGGGAGCCCAUUGACACCCGGAUGAACCCAACUUUCGACCCAGAACAGGAAGCGAAGAAUGUGUGCUGGAUCAUCCAUUCCAGCGGAUCCACCGGUUUGCCGAAGCCGAUCUUCCUUACCCAGAAGGCGGUGUUGAAGAACUACUCGACAAACAUGAACAUGCGCGGCUUCAUCACUCUUCCGCUCUUCCACGCACAUGGCAUCAGCUCCCUUUUCCGGACCGUCUACUGCAAGAAGCAGAUACAUCUAUACAACGCAGAGCUACCUUUGACAAAGCAGUACCUCACCGAAAUUAUUCGCACACAUGAUUUUAAGAUCUUCUAUGGUGUCCCUUAUGCCCUUAGUCUGCUAGCAGAGUCGGCCGAGGGUAUUGAGCUACUUUCCCGUUUCAAGAUCGUCAUGUUUGGCGGUUCUUCAUGUCCCGAUUCCCUGGGCCACAAGCUCGUAGCGCACGGCGUCAACCUCGUGAGCCAUUAUGGGUCCACAGAAACUGGGCAGCUGAUGACAUCUUUCCGACCCCAAGGGGAUAAAGGGUGGGACUAUCUUCGGCCGACCGCAGCAGUCACGCCAUUUUUAAGGUUCGAGGACCAGGGUUCUGGCCUCUACGAAUGCGUCUGUUUGGAAGGAUGGCCCUCGAAAGUCAUGACGAACCGUGAAGAUGGUGCUUAUGCCACCAAGGAUUGUUUCACGAAACAUCCCACCCUGCCCAAUGCCUGGAAGUACUAUUGCCGUCUAGAUGACACGAUCACUCUCAACAAUGGCGAGAAGGCGAAUCCGCUCCAAUUGGAAGGUGCCGCAAAGGAAAGCCCGCUUGUGGCGGAUGCCGUCAUGUUUGGAGCUGGAAGGACAAGGUGUGGUCUUGCUGUCGUCUUGUCCGCGGAAGCGGCGGGCAUGUCGGAGAACAUGAUCGUUGAUGCUGUCUUGAAGACCGUGGAACCUGCGCACACGGCUCUUCCGGCACAUGCUAAGAUUGACAGGGAUAUGAUGCUGCUGCUUCCACCAGAAACGCAAUACCGGAUCACAGACAAGGGCACCGUAAUUCGACAGGCAUUUUACAAGCAAUUCGAACAAGAGAUCGACGCAAUGUAUGAGGAAAAGACCGCUGGAACGCUUGUUUUGUCCGAGCCGGAUCUUAGGGACUUCGUUAUGAGAGAGGUUGCUGAGGUCAUGGAGAAGGAUCAUUCAAGUCUUACAGACGAUCAAGACUUUUUCAGUCUAGGCAUGGAUUCCCUACAGACGAGUAGGCUUCGCACCACUUUCCUAAAACAGCUAGACCUCGGAGGCCAGCAGCUUGGACUCAACUGCGUCUUCGACUACCCAAGCGUCUCCGCGCUGGCUCAUCACUUGCACUCGCUACGGAACGGCGCAGAUGUCGCCUCGGUCUCCAAGGAGGAGGAGAUGCAAGCCCUAAUCGAACAAUACUCUACCUUCCGCGACCACGUCCCACAGCCCCGCGCCGUGGAAGGCGACUACGUCCUCGUCACCGGCGCCACCGGCUCCCUCGGCGCACACAUCGUAGCGCAACUCGCGGCCCUCCCAUCCGUCCACAAAGUCUACUGCCUCGUGCGCGCCACCUCGCCCUCGCACGCGCUCGCCCGCGUCAUCAAGUCCCUGCAAGCCCGCCGCCUGCACCCCCUCCCCCCAGCCGCGGAAGCGAAGCUCGUCGCCCUACCCGCGGACCUCUCGCGCCAAGACCUUGGCCUCAGCCCUGAUGUGCUUGAUGCGCUGAAGACGGAGCUCUCGGCCGUGAUCCACGCGGCCUGGUCCGUCAACUUCAACCUCGCGCUGCGAAGUUUCGAGAAGGACUGUAUCGCGGGGGUGACGCACCUGCUCAACCUCUGCCUCGCGACGCGCAGCCAGACGCCCGCGUCCUUCAACUUCUGCUCCUCGGUCAGCAGCGUCGUGAAUACGCCUGCUGCCGCUACUGACGCUGACGCUGACGCUGACGCUGACGCUUCCUCCCUCCUCCGCGUCCCCAUCCCGGAAUCCCUCCCCCCCACCCUCUCCUCCGCCCAAAACAUGGGCUACGCGCAGUCCAAACUCGUAGCAGAGCACCUGGUCGCGCGGGCGGGGUCGCAGCACCCGACGCUGCGCGCGCGCGUUCUACGCAUCGGCCAGGUCAUCGGCGACACGAAGCACGGGGUGUGGAGCGCGGCGGAGGCGGUGCCGCUGAUGCUGCGGGCGGCAGUGACGAUAGGGGUGUUGCCGACGUUGGAGGAGCGGGUGCGGUGGCUGCCCGUCGACGUCGUAGCUGGGAGCUGCGUCGAGAUAGGUGGUAUUGGGGCCGGUGUCGCGGCCAACGAAUCCGCCGCCCCCAGCAGCAGCAGCAGUGCCUCUGCCGUUUCUUCUUCCAGUGGCGCUCCUACCACUGCCGACGCCAACGCCGCCCCGCCCAGCGGCACGUACAACAUCACGAACCCGCGCACCGUACACUGGACGCAGGACGUGCUGCCGCUGCUGCGCGGCGCGGGCCUGGCCUUCGAAGCCGUGGGCACGGCGGACUGGCUGGAGACGCUGCGCCAGGGGCCGCAGGACCCGGUGGCGAAUCCGCCGGUCAAGCUGCUGGAGUUCUGGGAGAGGAAGUACGGCGAUGGGCAGCGGAGGGAGUUGGUGUAUCGCACAGAGAGGGCGGAGAAGUGGGCAAGAGGGGUUAGGGACGCGGGAGUACUGGAUGCGGUGCUCGUAAGGAGGGUGCUGGCGGCUUGGAGGGGGGCGUGGGGACUGGGUGAGGGGAAGUAGGUGUGUGCGUUGGGGGUGGGCUGGGUUGUUUGUUUGUGGGCACUGGUGGUGUCACCUGGAAAACAGGUACGCUCAGAGGCAUGCGCCAGCUUUAGCAACGAGAAAACCGAACGCGCUUUGCCCAGCCACCUUCAACGAGGUUGCCGUCGCCGGGCAUGUUUGUUGUUUGGGCAGGCUCCUUCCCCAUCCGCAGGAGGAAUCAGGGAGCGAGCCACUUUCUUCUUUUGGAAGCCUCGUCCCUGCCUACCUUACCUACCUACAUACCCGUCGCCGGCUUGACGCGCCUGUCGCUUCGUCUCCC